AUGGCGCCCGUGGGGGCGCUGCUCCUCAUCUCGGCCCUCGACGACGACCUCCUCUUCUCCGUUUCUCUCCUGCUCCUCUUUGCCGCCUGCCCGGCCCUCUCUGCACUCGCUCGCCGUGCCGAGGUGUCAGCGACGGUGCUGAAUUCGUCGGUGGGGGCAGUGUUCGGGCUGGCCACCGGAAUGCGGGGCGUGGCGGGACCCACCGGCCUGGCAGUGGUCGGGUCGGUGUUCGGAAUAGCACACCUCGCCGCCCGCCGCUGGCUCGCCCCUCUCCUCAGUCGCGGCACUGGAGUGAUGGGGGUGAUGAGCUACGUGGGCGUGCAGCUGCUGGUUGGUCUGGCCGUGGUGCACGCGAUCACGGCGUGGUGCUUGCCGCUCGCGCCCUCCUCCGUCGAUGGCCACGCCCACGACAGCUUCGCGGAGGGGGCGGUGCUCUGCGUGGCGACGAUCUUUUGCGCAGUGGCCACCCUGGCCGCUCUCCUGGUGGCGGCCAAGGCUCUGGCGGCUGGCCUGCUGGCCUGCCCCUAG